AUGAAAUUGAAAGGAAAUAUAAAAUAAAAAGAAACAUUAUAAGCAAAGAGAAUAAUCAACUUAAGCAAGAAAAACACAGUGAAUUGAAUUUAAUUUCUGAUUAGAAAGUGAAGAUUCGAUUUGUUACUUAAAAAUGCAUCAUAGGAAGUUAUUAUUGAUGGUCGUUAUUAUAACGAUAAUCCAUACUGAUGGUGUAAGUGUAAGCACAAAAGUUGAAACAACAACGAGUGAAAGUGCAAGUAAUCCCAAGGCGGAAGCCCUAACACUUCUCAUACGAUCGAUGCCACCUUCAGCAAAGAUUCGACCUCUUAAGGUCAUCGAUCGGAGUGAUGAUGUCGUAGUUAUUCACACGAAUCGAUCGAAACGCAAGCCAUCAUCUCGCAAACGAAGACCAUCAAAUCAAUUCCGAUCGAAGAUAAGAAAUCCGCCAUCCGGAAGUUCGUCAAACGUUGGUGGUUUUAAAGAUUUCGGUUCCAAUGAUUUCCGCUAUCCCCCGUUUCCGAAUAAGAAUUUCGGCGAACCAGUCAAAGCUUCAAACAAGUACAGAUUCGGUCCACCGACGAAGGCAAGUGAAAAUCAAAACUUCAAAUCACAAUCUAGUAAAAGAACUAGACGACCACAACAAAUCUAUGGACCACCACCAACUAUCGAUCAAUUCGAAUCGACAUUUAAUAAGCAAUUAAGUUCAUCACCAUUUGAUAGCAAAACACUUCAAACUCUUCAACAACAACAAGCAUCGUUCCCUUCGUUUUCGAUUGACACAGUAGAACCUUCAAAUACAAAUAUUUAUGCGAGCAGCAACAACGUCGAAAGAUUCCCACAGCCUAUUGGAAGUUUUCCACUUGAAACUGCAGCAACCUACAACUCUCACAAGACUUCGUAUGGAAAUCCGGUUCGUGCUUCAACACCAGUCAACAGUUAUCAACUGAACACAGUUUAUGGAUCGAAUAGUCAUUCCAAUUACAAUGACAAUUCAAAUUUCCAUACAGAUUCAAAUCAACAUUCAAACAACAAUUUCAAUGGAAAUUACAAUUCAAAUUCAAACUUCCCAAAGCUUCCAAAUCGAUAUGAACAAAGUGAUUUCUCAACACCCACAAGAACAAAUCCUUUGAAUUCGAAUUCUAAUGCAUUUGCAGAUUAUUCAAAUAUUAAUAAUGAUGAGAGUAAUGAUAAUGAAAGAUACAACAUUCAAAGGGGAACGACAAAGAAUCGAAAUCGAUUUAAAAACUUCAAUAAAUUUAAUAAUUAUGAUUAUGAUUUUGGAAAAGGUUUGAAAAAUGUAACGCCUGACGAUGAUGAAGAAGACGAAGAUUUCGAUUAUGUGGUAAGCACUCGACGACCUUUCACAACAACGACAACAACAACAACGACGGAACUUCCGUUCUUUACAUCAAAAAGACCAAAGAAAGGGCCUUUCGGAAAACGCAAGCGACCUUUGAAAGUUUCACAGAAUCACAAUCUUGACACUGAUGAACUACGCGAUGCAUUCACAGAGUCGACUGACUUCCAUGAAGUUGCCUUAAACUCGGAAGAUUUCAUCAAUUUUGAUUCGCAACGUCAAAAUAAAAGAAAUCCAAACACAAAACUUAUUAAUGAAUUUCAUUCAACAUUGAAGUCCACUCGUCAUCAGAACAAUGCGUUACGUUCUGCACUUGGUGAUGAUUUCCAAAUUCUGUCAAUUCAAAAGUCAUUAGAAAAGAAUCCAAAUGAUGUUGACUUUGGUUUCCAGAGAAAAAAUGAUGACAAUGUUGCUGAUUUUAAUGUCGAAAGUGAAAUUCAGUUUGAUGAAAACUCGCCAGCAAUUUGGGGCGGUGAUUUCAAGAAUUUCCCAAGAAAUCAUAAAUUUUCGUAA